CUGCUGCCAAUUUGCUGAGUUGUUAUCUAUAGUUUUUCGGUUAUGUCGUUUUUGUUUUUGCUUGAUUGCCUUUUGUGCUGACAAGCAAACAAAUGUGACUACUCAUACAUGUAUUAGGCGGACGAUUGUUCGGCCAUUUGGCUGUGCGAUUUGGCUACAAUAAAAAUUUGUGCGGCAAAUUGUAAUCAUUUUGUUUGUGGCAGCGCAGAGGAACAGUUGCAAUUGUUGGCAAUAUGAUUGAUACAAAAAUUUUGCAGUUCUUGGCGUUGAUCGCAUUCAUAGUGGUGGGCAGUGAGGCGCAUUAUCCUUAUGGUCGCCAAUACUACAACAACCACCUUGGCGGUUACAACAAUCAAAAUGGCAAUUUCAACAAUUACAACAACAAUAAUAAUAAUGGGUACAACAACAAUAACAAUGUGAACAGCAAUUACAAUAACAUCAACAACAAUAACAACGUGAACAGCAAUUAUAACAACAUCAACAACAACAACAACAAUAUAAACAGCAAUUACAAUCCCAAUAACCUUCAAAACAACAACAAUAAUAAUCAGAACAAUAACAACAACAGACGCAAUGCACACAACAACAAUCCGUUGUUGGCAAUAAAUUUGCCAAAAAUCUACUUGGGCGAUUUCGAGUACAUGCCUACGCCCGACGGUUAUCGCUAUUCUUACCAACUGGCCGAUGGUACACGCCGCACUGAGGUCGGCCAAAUACCCAACAUCCCCGCCAAUUCUGGUAUCUACAUGACCGACGAGCGUGCCACAGCUGAACGUACUGCCCUACGCAUGCGUGCCAGAGCCAAUUCGAAGAAUCGUAAAUUAUCACCGAAAUCACUGCAAUCGCUGGCGGGCUGAUUGCUCGAGCUGCAUGGGUGCAGGGGCAGGGGGUACAGUGUAGAGGCAGCUAUUACAUUUACCAGCGUGAAUCGUUCACUCACAGAAGUGUAGUAUGUAGCGUGUGCGCAUGCGCGUACAAACCAUGUCAGGCGGUCGAGACAGCGCGUUGCUGCUGGCAGUAGUAAUGGUCAGCACGUCAGUUAUGUUGACCUCUUGACAUUCUUUCGUGCGAUUUGUGUUAAAACAAUGCUAAAGUAUUUUUUUAUCCACUUUUUGGAAUAAGUGUAUUUAAGUAUAUUCAUUUAACUUUGGCAUGUGAACCUGAAAGUAUUUUUUGUGUAUGAGAAUUUUUGUUGUUGUGUGUGUUUGUAUUUUGGAUAUUUUAGUACCAUAAUCAUUAUUGUUGCUUUUGUUGUUGCUAAAUUUUUAGUGCUAUAAUUAGGUAUGAUUAGAAAGCCUGGGGGAAAUCCACUAUUUCCUCAAAGUAUUUAAACAAUAAAACCGAAAUGCUUACAUAAUAUCGCUUCUAUUUCUUUGCACUCCGCGGGGAACUUUUGCAUGUGCUUUUGUUUUCUGGAAUUUCAUUAAAUUUAGCGCUUACUUCCUACAAUCUCUUUUAAAUAAUUUGAAAUUCUUCUAAGCCGCAAUUCUGUGGAAAGAGCGACUAAUACUCUACUGACUGUUCAAAUACUGGUUUCGUUUAGAAACUCGAAUGAAUAACACAAGCAAAAAAUCAUUUAAAAUUUGGAACUUACUCUAGCAAUAUAAGAGACCAAAAGCCUUAAGCAAGAAAAGCUAGAGUCAAAUACAUUUGAAUAAACACCUGUGCAUAACUUUGGUUAGAUAAAUCAAAUCAAUAUUUUGGAACCUUGUGAUGUCAAAUAUUUGAAAGACCUCUAACUUUGCAUGCAGGGGAAUCGUAUAAUGCAAAAAUGCAUGUGGUUUUAGACUUAAUUAAAAAAUCAUUAAUAAUUCUGCGGAUAAAUAAGCUUUGAAUUUGGUGUUAUUAAUGACAUGAAUUGGUAAUAUAUUUCGAAAUUUAUGUAAUUAAAAAUUUUAAAAUUAGGCUUUUAGCAAAAUGUAAUCAUUAUUGGCGAUUGAUUAACUUUUUGUAAUAUUUAAGUAUUU